AUCAACAAAACGUUCCCUUUUUUUCAAGAUUAAGAGUCCUCGCAUACCAAACUCUCCGUCAUGUGCGCCCUUCUAUUUGGAUUAAAAUAUGUAGUGAUUGCUGCUGCGAUAACUCAUCUAGCAGGUGGCCUUUCGUUCACUUCCCCUUAUGGAGGACGUACUGUGACAGCAUCUCGUGGUUCUUCAUUUAACUUCACAUGGACCUUCUUCGCAAAUGACGGCUUUUAUAACAUUGUUUUUGGUUUAAUGAAUUCCCUUAUCCAAAACAGGAUUGACGGCAAUGAUCAACUCAUACGGAUAACAAGUGGUGGUGUCAUGUCAAUAAAGCAAGCAUAUGUAGGUCGCCUCAAAGGCAGUUGGAACAACGAGACAAACCCAGGUCAAGUGACGCUUACUCUAAGCUCAAUCAAAGCACAAGAUAGCAGACUGUUUGGUUGUCUGAUUCAACCGUGGUUCUUCCAUUUGAGUCCCAUUGUAGACCCUGUAAAAUUAUUUGUUGUUGAUAAACCAGGCCCGCCAAUCAUGAGAUCGUCAGAUGAAGGUAUUCAUGGUAAUUCACUAACAGUUAGGUGGACUGCACCAGCUGAUGAUGGAGGGAGUCCUAUCACAGGAUACCAUGUAGUCAUGCUAAAAGGUGACACUGAGAUAAACAAUAUAAAUAUUACUGAUCCUGGAACAACAAGAUAUACCUUUGGGGGUUUGGAAAGAGAUACAAACUACGCGGUGAAAGUUUUUGCAAGGAAUGCUGUGUUUGAAGGAGAUCCUGUCGUAGCCAAGGUGAAGACAAAGUUUGAAGGUCCCCCGGCAGAAGUGGAACUGUAUGACCUCCCAAGUGAAACAACAGAUCACACAAUCACCUUGAAAUGGAAGGAGCCAAAAGACUAUGGAAAAGUAAUUAUACAGUAUACUGUGUACCAAAGAAUAGUGACUGAUGAAAAGUUGGGAACGUGGACAGUCGUAGGGAAAAUUACGGACGUCUCAAUUAAAGAGAUGAUAGUAAAGUUAGAAAGGGGUAAGGUGUAUGAAUUUGUAAUAACUGCCACAAAUGAACUUGGUGAAAGUUUAAAAGAAGAAACGAAGAUCAAAAGAGUAAAAGUGGUAGAUCUACAAAACAACGACAAGAAAGUUUUAGAAGAAUGCAACUGCUCGUGCCAUUACGUCAUGCUUAUAGCCAUAAUUGGAGUGCUGGUAUUCAUAAUCCUUGUGUUAUUCAUUUACAUUGUCUGGUUGCACAAAAAAGGCGCUAGAAGAAAAUUGAGGGAGUAUAAAGAUGAAAGUGCCUACGAGGGAGAUGUGGAGUUAAAAGACCUGGAAUUAGGCCAUCCUGAUUCAAGUGACUUUGCCCAGCCUUCUGCAGAGUACAUGGAUAUAAAAGAAACAACCACAGAUGAAAGUCAAACACAAACCGUUGGCCAAGCUGCAGACUACGCACCACUUCAUCCAUCGACACGCUCCUGGGAAGUAUCAAGAGAUCACGUGACAAUAGAAAAAAUCAUUGGUAAAGGCGCUUUCGGUCAGGUUGCAAAAGGAACAGCUGCUGAACUUCGCGGAAGGCCUGGGAUGACGACUAUAGCCAUUAAAAUGCUCAAAGAGGACGCCUCAGACUCAGACAAGCGAGACUUGGUGAGAGAACUUGAAACAAUGAAGCGACUAAAACCACAUCCACACGUCAUAAAACUUCUUGGAUGUGUAACAGAAACUGAGCCACUCCUGGUGUUGAUCGAGUAUAUUUCAUUUGGAGAUCUGCUGGGUUACCUGAGGAAGAGCCGUGGAUUGAAUGACACUUACUUUAAAGACCCGGAUAUCAAACCACAAACAAACCUGACGUCACAGCAGCUGAUAAAGUUUGCUUGGCAAAUCGCCGAUGGAAUGAGUUACUUGUCCUCAAAAUCUAUCAUCCAUCGAGACCUCGCAGCCCGUAAUGUGUUGGUCGGGAAAAACGAAACAUGUAAAGUAACGGACUUUGGAAUGGCCAGAGAUGUGCAACAAGAAAGUAUCUAUGAAAGAAAGACAAAGGGUCGUCUUCCAGUAAAAUGGACAGCCUAUGAGGCGUUGAUGUAUGGCACAUAUACCACCAAAAGUGACGUAUGGAGCUAUGGAGUUCUCCUUUAUGAGAUUUUCACAAUAGGGGGUUCACCAUAUCCACGGAUGGAUGGCAGGAAAAUUGCCAAGCUACUUCAGCAGAACUACAGAAUGCCUAAACCACGGCACGUGGACGACAUAUUGUACCAGAUCAUGAUAAGAUGCUGGCAAAAUGAUCCGGAAACUAGACCAACAUUUACUGAAUUGAGAAACCAGCUUAAGGAGAUGGAAACCCAACACAAGAGGCUGAUCAACAUGAAAAUGUACGACAAGCAGUUGUAUGCAAACGUCGAGGACUUAAACGUGUAGACAUGUACGAAGUCGUGAAUUCCUCAUAUCUUGACUAACGCAGUUUUUAUAUCAAUCAUGAGUGGUAUCAUAUUCGCAAUUGGCUCGAAAUAUAAACUUGUUAGAAUGAGCCUGAAUUAAUUAGAGUCACACCUAUGGAUCCAUUAGAUAAUAUUGCAAAGAAUCCCAUUUUGAUCGAAAUCUUUCCAACCCUUCUUAAUGAUAACGGAGCCCUUAUUGAGCUAGUUUCCAAUCUUUUUAAUUAUUUUUUUUUGGUUUGUUUAUGUGAGAGUUCGUGUCAAAGGAGAGGACUUUAAAAGAAAAAUAAAGAGAGCAAAGCAUA